CCUUCUCAAUGCACCUCGAUCCCUCUUUUACCUGGGGCUUUAAAAAACCCAUCUCUCAGACUACUUUUCGUAUUUGUUACAGGCACCAGGCGUAUCGGUUAAACCAAAUAAUCCUCAGGAACCUAACAGCGCAAAAUCCAUUGUCGAAACUCGCUUCAGCCCCGAACGACUAAGCCUAAGGUGCUUAUAUUCCCAUGGAGUUUGUUUUGAUUUGAAUUGGCUGUUCCAAAAUUACUUGGAUUUAUUUUCCUCUGCUGUAUUUGAGGCUACAGCUGAUUGCUUGAGAGAAUGUUCAGGAAUACUUUUCAAUCAGGAUUUCUAUCCAUUCUGUACAGCCUUGGGAGCAAGCCUUUGCAAAUAUGGGACAAAGAAGUUGUGAAUGGCCAGAUCAAAAGGCCUCAGGAUGAAGACAUCCAGUCCAAUGUCCUUGAAGUUGUUAGCUCAAAUGUGCAGUCAACUUAUAUUACAUGCCCAGCAGACCCUGCUGCAACCCUUGGUAUAAAGCUUCCUUUCUUAGUUAUGAUUGUGAAGAACCUGAAGAAAUACUUCACCUUUGAGAUUCAGGUGCUGGAUGAUAAGAAUGUUCGCCGGCGUUUCAGGGCCUCAAAUUUUCAAGCAGUUACUCGUGUGAAGCCGUACAUAUGCACGAUGCCAUUGAGGUUAGAUGAGGGGUGGAACCAGAUUCAGUUGAACCUUGCUGAUUACACGAGGAGGGCAUAUGGAACAAACUAUGUCGAGACACUCCGGGUUCAGGUCCAUGCAAAUUGUCGACUUCGGAGGAUUUAUUUCUCUGAUCGUCUAUACUCAGAAGAGGAGCUCCCACCAGAAUUCAAACUGUACCUGCCCAUACAGAAGGCAUAGCACAUUAGAAGACGAAACAUGGUUUAUUGAAAAGCUCCAACUCUUCUUCAUGGCUUCAGUCACUAACAUGCUAUCUGACUUCCUUGAUCUGCAAUUCAUGAAAACCACUGCCAUGCUAUCCACCUCCUUGAUCAUUCAUGAAACCAGACAGGUUCAUUUAGGUUUUAGGGCUUUGAUAUGGCAUUUGCUUUAUUGGAAUUUGCUCUGUACAAAUGUAACUGUUGCUUGGCUGCAACAUGGAUGAUGAUGAUGACAUUAAGAGCAUGUUUGAUUUCUAGAAGAUGCAGUUUUGGAAA